CAUGUGGUCAAACUGACCAAUCACACAGCAGGUGACAGACACAGAGUCAUGUGACCAGUGAGAGGAGCAAGAUGGCGGUGUGUGUAUCUGUCAUAGCUAAGGAGAAUUAUCCCCUAUACAUUCACAGCAUCCCCUCUGAGAACCAGCUGAAGUUUCACUACACCGUCCACACCUCCCUGGAUGUCGUGGAUGAGAAGAUCUCUGCUAUGGGGAAGGCUCUUGUGGACCAAAGGGAACUUUACCUGGGACUGUUGUACCCCACAGAGGACUACAAAGUAUAUGGAUACGUCACAAACUCCAAAGUCAAGUUUGUCAUGGUGGUGGAUUCCUCAAACACGGCUCUCCGGGAUAAUGAGAUCCGCAGUAUGUUCCGCAAGCUAUAUAAUUCAUAUACCGAUGUGAUGUGUAACCCCUUCUAUAACCCUGGAGACCCGAUUCAAUCACGCAUGGCUGUUUCCCCUGUAGACUGGGAUGGGAAUCUGGAGAACGCGGAGCCCCUGGUACUGGAUGAAUUGUCUGUCAGACGGUGCUUUGCCAGUUCUAAAUCAGGGCCUUUGAUAAGACGGUCACCUCUAUGAUGGUACCAGCAUGAUGAGAUGACAUCUGUGUUUGUAUAGUGUGUGUUUGUAUAGUGGAAUAAACUUUUAUAUAAACCAUGAAUAACAUUAAACGUGAGAGGAAUCAA